AUGUUAUAUAUUGCCCUUUUUUUCGUCUUCCAUGUACUUGGGGCUGAGGCAGCCCUCCGUCGCUUCAACUUUACCCUGCACAGCGCUUCACGUUUUCCAGGCACGCCUACAUUCCCAGCGUAUACUUUCUCAAAACUAACUGGCCGCAUAGAUGGAUUCGAGCGACAAGUAUAUCUCAUCAACGGUCAGCAGCCGGGUCCAUUGAUUGAAGUAGAUGAGGGUGACGACAUUGAAGUAGCCGUCCAAAAUGACCUCGAAGUCGAAACCACGUUGCACUGGCAUGGCGGAAACUUUACCUAUCGCUUCUCAACUCAAUCUGAGUACGGAUUCUACUGGUACCACUCGCAUUUCCGAACAUACUACAACGAUGCAAUCCGAGGUCCGCUUCUCAUCCGACCAGCCGCGUGGCGCCAACGCCCGUUUGAGGCCGUCGCUCGAAAUGACGGGGAGAAGGCUGCACUUGUUGAAGCCGAGCGACAGGCGACAAACAUAUUGCUCAAUGACUGGACGCACGAGCUUUCCGACGUCAUAUUUGCUCGGUAUACCAGAACCGGCGCCUUUCCAUCAUGCGUCGACAGCAUCUUGGCCAAUGGCCUCGGCAGGGUCGAAUGCCUCCCAAAAGAGGUACUUGAGGCAGGGCCUGGGCUGGGCAUUCCAACUCCAUCAGGUGCACCAAGCAUGCCAGAUAUGCCGAGCAUGGGCCUCCCCAAGGGACGAGCCAUGCACGACAUGCCGAUGGAUUUGUCGGCAAGCAUGCCGAUGACAGCAACCACAAGUAUGCAGUCGGCGGUGCAGACUGCGUCAGGCAUGCCAGAAAUGCCGAAUAUGGAUACUCUGGGCCCUCGCGGGUGCAUGCCGCCCAUGAUGUUCAAACCUGGAUUCAACAUGUCCUCGUUGCCACCCGAAACCUGCACUAAUACCAGCUCACCGUUGCUCGUCGUCCCUGCUAAUCAGACCACAGGUUGGCUGGCGUUGAAUUUGGUGAACUCGGGCGCCGUCAGCGCUUUGCGCGUCUCCUUGGACGGCCAUUCCAUGCUGGUCUACGCAGCAGACGGCCUCUACGUUGCGUUGCAACGAGUAAAGGUCGGUACGGUCCUUCAUAUGGAAUUGGGUCAGCGAUAUUCGGUCAUGGUCAAGCUGGACCAGCAGCCAGCGGAUUAUUAUCUGAGCUUCGCGACGUACCCCAGCGGCGAUAUGCAGCAAGUCCUAGAAGGGCGUGCGAUUGUAACCUAUACUGCUGGGAGAUCUAUAGGUGGUGUCGUGGAUGACGCUGCCCAAACCUGGAUGUACAUCAACGGAUCAGCCAAACUCGGCGCAGCACGCCUUCAACCACAGGACCUCGCUCCAUUCGAAAAAGCAAGCAGUGCUCCGCCAGACGGGCCAGCUCAUAAAACUUUGUCGUUUGUCAUCAAUCAGACAGACAUUGUAACUUGGGUACUUGACCGCGCACCGUUCAAAGAACCGCAGAUACCUGUGAUAUACGGUAAUGUAUCGUCUGGCUGGACCUCGAAUACGACAAUGCGCUUGCCUCUCAACUCCACCAUCGACAUCAUCCUGAAUAUCUCGAAUGAUUCCAUGGAUACGAUGGGCCACCCAUUGCAUCUUCAUGGUCAUAAAUUUUGGGUCCUCGGCUCUGGCACUGGUUCAUUUGCAUUUCCUUCUGUUCAAGAUGCGCCUACAGGAAUGUUGAAUCUCGUCAAUCCGCCAUUCCGCGAUACGACAGGUUUGCCUGCGCAAGGCUGGGCUGUCAUACGUCUGUUCGAGGUUGGCAUGGCCGUGGUUCUUGUGGAGGGGCAAGACCAGCUGCCGGCUUUGGUAGGGCAGUACAACAAGACCGCACCUCCGGAUCGAAGUGGGGGAAACCAUGUAGCCGCCGGACCUGGAAGCUACCUGUGGCUUCUCGUCGCCAUUGUGGCGGGCAUCGGAACGUCUCGUGAGAGUUGGCUCAGUUGGUUUAUGGACAGGUAUUCAAGAGAAGGUUGA